AUGCUGACGCCCCUCGCCGCGGCGCUGCUGGUACUGCCCGCCUCUCCCGCACCGCGGUUGCCGCCGCCGCGGCCCGGUCCCUCACGGCGUGCGCGGCCGGCCGUGGUCAGGGCGGCCGCGCUCCGCGCUCUGCCACGGCGCCUCGAGCUCUGGUCGCCGCGCCUCGCGGCGGUCGAGAGCAACCCGCCCCCGCCGUCCUCAGCGUCGCCGGCGCCGGACGAGGAGAGGGCUGGAUCAGGCCUCGAUGCUAGGGCCGGGGGAGGUGACGGUGGUGGUGACGGAGGUGGCGGCUCUGAUCUUGGGUGGUUGAGGGCGUUCCCGCAUGUGCUCACUGCGUCCAUGGCAAACUUCUUAUUCGGUUACCACAUUGGGGUCAUGAACGGCCCAAUAGAGGAUAUUGCAACAGAGCUUGGUUUUCAAGGAAAUCCGUUCCUUCAAGGUCUUGUGGUGAGCAUAUUCAUUGUUGGUGCCUUUUUUGGGAGCUUAGGCUCAUCUGCAUUAGUAGAUAAGUUUGGCUGCAAAAGGACCCUUCAGAUCGACAGUAUUCCAUUGAUUAUUGGAGCUCUCCUGAGUGCGCAGGCUGAUUCUUUGGAUGAUAUGCUUUUGGGAAGAUUCCUUGUUGGCAUUGGGAUCGGCGUAAACACUGUUCUUGUUCCGUUGUACAUCUCUGAGGUUGCUCCAACAAAAUAUAGGGGCACUUUGGGAACUCUGUCUCAAAUUGGAACAUGUCUAGGCAUAAUUGCUGCACUUUCCUUGGGGAUACCUUCUGAGAGUGAUCCACAUUGGUGGCGAACAAUGCUUUAUGCUGCAUGUGUACCUGGGGUUCUUAUUGUUGCUGGGAUGCAAUUUGCUGUUGAGAGUCCACGUUGGCUUGCCAAGGCUGGAAGGUUCGAUGAUGCCAGAAAGGUUGUAGAGAGCCUUUGGGAACCUUCUGAAGUUGAGAAGUCCAUGGAAGAGAUCAAAGCCGUUGUGGUAAAUGAUGAUUCACGGGGCAGCUGGUCAGACCUUCUGGUGGAACCACAUAAUAGAGUUGCAUUGAUUGGAGGGUCCCUUUUCUUUCUGCAACAGUUUGCUGGAAUAAAUGGUGUUCUUUAUUUUUCAUCAUUGACAUUCCGUGAUGUUGGUAUUACAAGUGGUGCUUUAGCAAGCUUAUAUGUUGGAAUAACCAACUUUGGAGGGGCACUAGUUGCUUCAAAUUUGAUGGACAAGCAAGGGCGAAAGAAACUUUUGAUAGGAAGCUACCUUGGAAUGGCUUUUGCAAUGUUCCUUAUAGUAUAUGGUAUUAGCUUCCCGCUUGAUGAAGGAGUUGCCCACAGCCUAUCAAUCGCUGGAACUCUUUUGUACAUUUUUACUUUUGCACUUGGUGCUGGACCAGUUACCGGCAUCAUCAUACCAGAGCUCAGCAGUGCUCGGACACGCUCAAAAGUUAUGGGCUUCAGUUUCACUGUACAUUGGAUAUGUAACUUUCUGGUGGGACUAUAUUUUCUGGAGCUUGUGAACAAGUUUGGGGUUGGAGCAGUCUAUGCAGGUUUUGGUGGGGUCUCCCUGCUGACAGCAGUCUUCGCCUACAAUUUCAUAGCUGAAACAAAAGGACGUUCUCUUGAGGAAAUUGAGAUGUCCUUGAGCACUACUACCCCUGGCAAGCAAGAGUAG